UUGCUUUCAAGCAAACAUCGUACCAAUGGCUGGAGGCGGCAUCGUGACAGCUCCCGGGAAGAAUUACCCGGGCAAGCUCACUUUUCGUGUUUUCAUCACUAGCCUUGUUGCUGCUUCAGGUGGUUUGAUAUUUGGUUAUGAUCUCGGAAUUUCAGGUGGGGUGACAUCUAUGGACUCCUUUCUGAAGGAGUUCUUCCCCUCGGUAUACCAGAAGGAAUCCACGGUGAAAUCCUCGGACGAUCAGUACUGCAAGUUUAACAGUCAGACUCUCACGCUCUUCACGUCAUCCCUCUAUCUUGCCGCGCUGUUCUCUUCAAUGAUCGCAUCCUGGGCGACCCGAACCUUUGGGAGGCGUGUCACCAUGUUCUUUGCUGGGUUUCUUUUCUUUAUUGGGGCCAUCAUAAAUGGUGCCGCUCAGAACGUAGCGAUGCUCAUCGUCGGUCGGCUCUUCCUUGGAUGUGGCAUCGGGUGUGCCAAUCAGUCUGUUCCGAUCUACUUGUCAGAAGUGGCGCCAUACAAGUACCGUGGCGCGUUGAACAUGAUGUUCCAGCUAUCGAUCACUAUCGGUAUCCUUGUUGCAAACUUGUUAAACUACGAGUUUGCCAAGAUAGAGGGCGGCUGGGGGUGGCGGCUCAGCCUUGGUGGCGCUGUCAUUCCGGCCCUUCUCAUCAUCCUCGGUUCCCUCUUUCUCCCUGACACCCCAAACUCCUUACUUGAGCGUGGCAAGAAAGAGGAAGCCCACCGGCAGUUGGUCAAGAUUCGCGGUGUCCAGGAUGUGGACGAGGAGUUCAACGACUUGAUUGCUGCCUGCGAGUCCUCGAAGCUCGUAAAGAGCCCGUGGGGGAACAUCUGGAGGCGCAAGUACCGGCCCCAGCUCACGAUGGCCUUCUGCAUCCCUCUCUUCCAGCAGCUCACUGGCAUGAACGUCUUCAUGUUCUACGCGCCCGUCCUCUUCAAGACCGUUGGGUUUGGGAGCAAUGCCUCUCUUAUGUCCGCUGUCAUCACCGGCUUUGUCAACUGCAUCGCCACCUUAGUGUCCAUUACCACUGUUGACAAAGUCGGCCGUCGUUUCUUGUUCAUUGGAGGAGGUUUACAGAUGUUGAUAAUGCAGUUUAUAAUCACUGCAGGCAUAGCAUGGAAGUUCGGGUUGAGUGGUAACCCGGGUCCAUUGCCCAAGUGGUACGCGGGCGGCUUGGUGGCGUGUAUCUGCGUAUAUGUGGCUGGGUUCGCAUGGUCAUGGGGGCCCCUGGGCUGGCUUGUGCCCAGCGAGAUCUUCCCCUUGGAAAUCCGGUCCGCGGCCCAGAGCAUCAAUGUCGCAGUUAACAUGAUCUUCACCUUCUUCGUGGCCCAGAUUUUCACAUGGAUGCUCUGCCACUUAAAGUUCGGCCUCUUCAUCUUCUUUGCCGUGUGGGUCAUCAUCAUGACCGCGUUCAUCUGCAUGCUCCUACCUGAGACGAAGGGUGUCCCAAUCGAGGAGAUGCAGCAGGUGUGGAGGAGCCACCCCUACUGGAAAAAGUACGUAUGCAACGAUGAAACUGCGGAUCUUACUAAGAACAAGAAGGAAUCCACCGUUUAAUUUUCUCCUUUAUAUUAGGGAAAAUGGAUAGGAAUUAGCUUAGUGGUGAUUUCCCUUUCUUUCUGUUUACGCUAUCACUCUCAAGUUUGAGUUGAAUUUUUCUUGUUUGAUUUGGUUUAUUGCACAGACAUUUGAGUUUGAACUCAUGUUGGGACAAUUCAAAUGACCUAUUUGAAAUUUCCUUUGUGAAUAAUAGCAGUUUUAGUGUA